UUUUCCUCAAAUAAUUGUAUUUUUGGUCAUUUUGAGAAACUUUUUUUUCAGAGAUGUGUUUAAGUUUUAAACAAAAACAAGGGUUUCUCAUUCCUCUGUUUUCCUCUGAAUUACAAACAAUCAAAGGUCACAUAAGGUAAACCACACAGAGCACACGGCAAGGUUGUCAGCAGGCCUUAACUCAAGGAUAACGUGGAGAACAAGCUAAAGAGGGCGGGCGCCAGUCGGUUUAAAUGGAUGCUAUCAAACAAUCCACUCAGUUUCCAGGUCAUUUGAUCCUGCAAGAAACAAAAGAAACCCACACACCCACAUACACUGUUAGAAGAGAGAAAACACAUAAAACACAAUCACACGACACGUCCUCAGACAAGGUUCGUAACAUUCCGUACCAAAAAAGUAUAUUUCUUCUGAAUUUUAACCACAAAAAUGGACAUAGCUAAGUAUUUUAAGGCAAAUUAGUGUAUUUUUAGUCAUUUUUGAGAAACUUUUAUUUUCGGAGAUUUGUUCAGGAACUUAUUGGUAUAGUAUUUUACUGUGGUCAAGAGUUGGCGUACCAACUUAUAUGCAUUUAAAAUGCACUCUUUCUUUUCACAUAUUUAUCUUUGAAAUGUAUCAUUCUACUUUAAGAUAAUGUCUUAUUCACAGCAGUGUAAAACAAAAAACAUUUGAAUUGUCUCUUCUCUUUAAGGUGACCAUAAUAAGCUACACACUUGGAAUCCCAGAUGUCAUCAUGGGUAUCACUUUUCUGGCUGCGGGCACCAGUGUUCCUGACUGCAUGGCUAGUCUUAUUGUCGCAAGACAAGGGAUGGGAGACAUGGCUGUCUCAAACUCCAUUGGCAGUAACAUCUUUGAUGUGCUGCUCGGUCUGGGCUUCCCAUGGGCGCUGAGGACUCUCAUAGUCAGCUAUGGAUCAGUGGUGAGAAUCAACAGCAAAGGCCUGGUCUACUCUGUGGUUCUGCUGUUGGCAUCAGUCACACUGACGGUCCUGUGUGUUCAUGUCAACCACUGGAGGUUGGACCGUAGACUCGGCUUCAGUCUUUUGCUGCUCUACGCUGUUUUCCUCCUCUGCUCCGUUGGCUUUGAGAGGCUUUAGAGGAAACAAAGAUACAUUACAACAAGUCCAACAAGUAACCCACAAAUGCUGCAACUCAUAGGUGUUCAUAUAUGUUCCUACCUUUACUGCUGCCCUUAUUGAACACUUCUAAGAACAGUUGUAUUUUCACGUCAUGGUGGCUGCAUUAGUGCGACACCUCGGCUGCUUCAAGUGACAUUGAUAAAGUUUAAGUGUUUUACAUUAGUUUUGUACCAAGAACCUACAGCCCAGAUUUUAUGACAGUCAGUGGAUGUGCACUAUACUUCAAAUCAAAUUUAUAGUGUUACAUUUUUAUUGUCCAACAUUAUUAUUGUACAAAGCCCAAAGUGUGCAGGUUUACUGUUUAUAAUAUAAAUUAUUGCAUUUACAUAUUUAAAAAAUAUUAAUCCCAAUCAUAACUUAUGAUUAAUCAAGAUGAAUCAAUUCUUUACGUUUCUCUCAUUUCAACAGCGCUUAUAUAGAUAUAUACAGUAGUGGCUUGUCAGUCAGUGAAAUUAAUUUGUGUUAAGUUUACAGUUAGGUCUGUGUUAAGCUGUAAAUACCAUCGCAUGGCUGAAGAUCACAUUUGGAACCAAAUGCACUAAGUCACCGCUGUCUCAGCCUUGUUCCUUACAAUGGCUACUGUUUGCUACAAAGUAUACACAGUGUCUGUGUUUGGAGAGAAUUCCUCAGUGUAUGUUUGUGGAGUGGAAUAAAACACUUUGUUCUGUUAUGUUUCUCUCCAGAUCAACAUAUUUUUUCUACCAGUUUAACUUAAGCUGACGAGACGUUUGUGGAUAAGGUUGGUGAGGCGAUGUUGACAUGGUGUUGCCAUGUGCUGGAGAGAGAUGGCGUUUUUAAUGGACAAAUGUUGGAGAAGAAGCUGCAAGGUAGGAAGAAACCAGAAAGAGUCAAAGCUGUUAGUUAGACAGAACAUGAGGAUUGAAGAUGGUACGCUGUGGCACCCCCUGUAGGUAGUAGUUGACUAAAGCUUAAACAUAACGUAAUCAGAUUAAUUACAGGGCACUGUAGCUGUGGACUAAUCACUAUUCAUUGUGAUCAUAAAUAAUGACAAAUAGUUAAUAAAAAAAAAAAAUCAGUGUUUCUAAAAAAACAUCUUUCUGUAUAUUACUAUAACAGAGAGACUGUAACAGCAGGUACAUGUGGUUUACCCGUUUUCAUAAUUAAUCCAUAUUAAUGUGUAAAUAAUAAUCAAUCUUGCCCUUCUGAUAGAUUUUGCAAUUUAACUGACCUGAUUUACAAGUUAACUCUGACAGCUAUAGUUGAUAACAUGCCACCAAUUUAAAAAAGGUUUUAAAGUGACAAGUAUGCAGUGAAUAAAAACAAUAAGUAGACAAUAUUUCAAAGUGAUUUUAUUUCAGUCAGGCUAAAUUUGCUUUGAUACCAAAUAAAUGUAAAAAUAAAAAUAGUACAACAAAGUACAUCAUCGUACAAAUACUUAUAAUGCAAGUCUGACAUAUAAGAAUAAUAAAAUAAAUCCAAACAU